AUGUAUUCUCCAGGCCUCUCGCGCCUCGAAACAUUGCCCAACGAGCUCAAGCUUCUUAUCAUCAACUAUGUCAACACCAGCAGCCAAGUUUCGCUAGCAUGCGUGUCGAAGACCAUCCACCCUGUUGUCGAGGACGUGCUCUACAAAUCGGUAUGGAUCGAGAAGCCAAACAAAAUGAAGAUCGUAUUCCCUAUUGCGAGCUUCUUGCGAACGAUCCUGUCGCGUCCUGACUUAGCGCACAAAGUAAAGCAGGUUGCCGUAGGGGUCAGUGGAUUACAAGUCUAUGCCGAUCUGGACGACUUUUACGAAAUUCCUUUGAUCAACACGACUACGGCGACAAAAGUCGAGGGGAGAUUGGGCCAAUCCGAUCUUGUCAAAGCUGCGCUUCUGAGGUCGCCAUCGGUCGAGCGCAUGUUCAUCAACACAUCACACUUGCACAACGAGCGACUUUCGCGAAUCUAA